AUGAUGCAUGGCUGGAAAGUGUUCAAGUAUUCAAGAAGAGUGGAAGGAGAAGAAGGAGAGAAGUCGUUUUGUGGGAUUGGGUUGGAGGAAAUAAGCCGAGUGAUACUUCAUUCAGAAGUUGGUCGGCAAGGGAUUAUAAAGGAGAGGUGGCUCCAUGUGUUCACAGAGGGUAGCAAAACACUAGGGUUGGCUCUGUUGCCAUCUAUGCUAGAGGUUCGGGUCUACAUCGUCUCUGCCAUUAGACAAGAGCUGGUGAUACUGGAGAGAAUAAAGCUUGAGGAGAAAUGGGAUAUUAGGGUUUGUGUAAGCAAGAGAGUGAUUAGAUGUAGAUGUAAACAGAGGAAAUUUCAAGUCAUCUUCUUUAGUAAAGAAGAUUCAGAAGACUUUGCAAGUAAGUUUGGGCACUUUUCCAAGCCCCCUCCUUCAAUACCAAAAUAUUUCCCGUUGAUUGGGACAUUUGAAGGACUUGAUGGAAACGAGAAAAAGGAGAAGAAGACUCCCAAAUACAAAAAGAAGAAGAAAGUUAUUGAGGAGUUUUUAUCGUUGCUGUUUGAGGCCCUUGGGAACUAA